AUGGAAGACAAAAUGUCAACAUCUCCGCCAGUAGCCAUUUACCUAGAGCGGGGUCACGCUGUGGUCGGAGGUCAUCUCUUCUCACCCCUCCCCCAUAAACGAGUACCGGGUGACACUCUUAUGCAAGAAUCCAAUAUUCUACUCCCCUGUGAUAGAAAAACACAAAUUGGAAGUCCUACCAAUCGCAAAGUGAAGGAUAUGGAGUCUAGUCCUACCCUAACUUCUUCCUACGGUGAAUGCGACAGCGUAAUCUCCUCAUGCAUGCUCACCUCAGAAAGUUUCUAUGGUCAAACCGAGUCCUCACUACUUCGAUCCGACAGUGAAUUCUAUACUGUCGGCAAUGUGAAGACUACGCAGGAAGUGUUACUACACGAUAAGUCCGACAAGACUCCUAUAAAUGAAUCUCCACUUCCGAAGCCAAGGAAACGAAAUGUCAACUGGGGCGAUAGGAAAUCAAUUAGGCUUUCAAUUGAAUUCCCCAAAUCAAUGGCAGCGGAUUUCGAUCCGAGAACUCUUGAAAAGAAGAACAAUUCAAGGUACUUCAGAAUAUGCUUUGGAACUGAAUUCUCUGACGAUGACGAUGAUGAAGACGAAGAUUUUGCAAGUGAUGGUCAAUCGAUGGCUGAAGAGAGUGAGGCAACUUCGGAUAUCGGUAAAAAUGACCGCGCAACCACCACCACCACCAUAACAACAACCUCGUCAAAUAGCAAGCUUGGAGUAAUUGAAACGGAGGAUGGAAUGCUAUCGUCUCAAUCCCUUGCCAAACUGUCAGUUCCCCAAAUCCAACUAAUUAUCAACGAUUUAUUCGACCAAAUAAGUCGUAAGUUGUUGAUUGCUUUGGCUGUGUGUUAUACUCAUUAUUUAUAUUUCACAAUUUCCACCCGGGAGAGUAAUAGGGGAAAUGCAUAA